AUCAGUCAGGUUGAGACCCCCAACAAAGAAACACAGAAGUUUCCCCUUCUUUUCAUCUGUUGCACACGUCAGUUUAGGUUCAGACUGCAAAGUUGGUAAAAAUGGGCUUACUAUCAGCUGUGCUACUCGUAUCUCUGUUUGCCAUCUUCAGCACAUCAGAGGCCAAGCCUGACAAAAUUGAUCAAACUUGCACCAACCGAAUAUGUACUCUUGACUACAGACCCAUUUGUGGCAGCGAUGGGCAUACAUAUCCCAAUAUGUGCCUCUUCAAUCUUACGAAGAGGUGCGACAAUCCUAAGCUUACUAUUCGAUGUCAUGGAAAAUGCAGCCAGUGUGGAUAUUACUGAGUGACGGACGGUCUUCACGAAAAGUGGAAGAAAUAGUAAAAAUAAUGGUACAUAAAAUCAACACAAUCAUAAAUGCAAUACUUAAAGAAUUUCUCUGGAGGUUAGCCAAAUUUUUCUUCUAUGAAAUAUCUGUAUCUUUUAUUAAAGCAAUUAUUAGUGAAGCAGUGUGUCAUUUGUGAAAAAUUAAUGAAACAUGCAUAAAAAAUUCAAUGAUAUCUUUUAAUUUCCAUUUAAAUAUGAAUGGGAUUAGUGCAGAGAUGAAUGAACAAAUAACCUUACUAAAGACUAAUUGUAGUUGGAUUUACUAUUUGGUCGAUUAUCUGCUUGGAUAUUGAAGUGAAAGGAUAUGAUUUGAUUUGGUAAAUCUUCUGAAUGAAGUAAAAGCAAUGAAGAAGUCAGUUUCUGUCAUCAUAUUUAUAUCUUUGAACUGCUUUUAUUGACUGAGAUUAUCCAUGGCACCAUCUUUGAGUUGGAAUGUUCAUCCAUAAGUGAGUGGUACAUCUCGACUUGUGCAUUAGCUUUUUCGUAGGAAUCAAGCCACCGUUUUACGCAUGCCUGAACAACAUCCGACGACGUUUUUGAGAGUCACUGAUGAAUAUAAGUCUCUGAUGCAUUCUUCAAGCGUUGGGAGAUCCCGAGGCCUUGUUCAUCAACUUCCGACUUGAUGUAACGAUGACCAAUCCACUGAUCCGGGAAUGGUCUCCUCGUUCAUCUGAUCUCAUCUCACACAAUGUGAUUUUUUAUUGUGGUGUCACAUCAUGUCGAAGGUCUAUGGAAACAAGGCCUUGGGAUCUCCCAACGCUUGAAGAACGCAUCAGAAACGCUUGUGCAUCGGUGACUCCCCGUCAGUUGUUGGUCAGGCAUACGUGAAACGGUGGCUCGAUUGCUACGAAAAAGGUGAUGCACACGUCGAGGUGUACCACUGACUUAUGGAAGAACAUUUGAAAUAAAAAACAAUGCCACAGAUAUUUUCAGUUAAUGUAGAUAUUACCAUGAGAAUUUUAUCCAUUUUAUGUUUCAAUUACAUUUUUAAUAAACAAUAUAAAACCA